UGGAUGUACAAGAAUUAAUCCGUCAGAUGCACGAAGUGGCUCAAUCAUUGCCAGACACUUUCUGCGAAGGGCUUGGCCUGAAGCCAGUCCAAGGUGUUCCACUGAUGGAUUUAAUUGCUGACUCUUACGAGCUAGUCGCUAACUUUCAGGCCAAGCCAGAUGACGUUCUAGUGGCAACAUAUCCCAAAGCAGGCACAACCUGGAUGCAGGAGAUAGUGGAUAUGAUUGACAAUGAAGGAGAUGUAGAAAAGUGCAAACGAGCACCUACCCAUAUCCGAUUUCCAUUCAUAGAAUUCUUUCUUCCACCUCCACUUAAAUCAGGCAUAGAAGAUGCUGAAAACAUGCCAUCUCCUAGGAAAUUAAAGACACACUUACCUUUCCAUUUGAUGCCAAAGUCCUUUUGGGAGCAGAGAAGCAAGGUUAUCUAUGUUGCCAGAAAUGCAAAAGACAAUGCUGUGUCAUAUUACUUCUUUGAAAAAAUGACAAAGGCUCCACCAAGGUCAUGGGAGGAGUUCCUAACAACGUUCAUGCAAGGAAAUGUGGGCUGGGGAUCCUGGUACGAUCAUGUCAAAGGAUUCUGGGAGAAGAAGGACCAACAUCAGAUCUUGUAUCUGUUUUAUGAAGACAUGAAGAAGAACCCUGAACAAGAAAUUAGAAAAGUGAUGAAGUUUCUAGAAAAGGAUCUGCCAGACCAUGUGAUUAGCAAGAUCAUUGAGCACACUUCAUUCUCUUCAAUGAAGAAAAAUCCAAUGGCAAACUACAGCACUAUGCCUUCUGGUUUGCUUGACCAGAGUUUUCACAAAUUCAUGAGAAAAGGAGAUGUUGGCGACUGGAAAAAUCACUUCACUGUGGCUCAGAAUGAAGUUUUUGAGGAAGACUACAAGAAGAAGAUGGCAGGAACAUCAUUGAGAUUCCACACAGAGAUCUGACCUUUUUUUCUAAAGUACAGUGGUGGAAGGGAAAGCAAGCAGCAGCAAAAUGAUACAAUAUCUCUUUUAUCGUCUCCUUGUGUCCCAACCAUCAAACUAGAACUUCAUUACCAUCAAAUAAAAUAGACUAAAACAACAAUAGUAAUACAGUUUUAGAGCAUUCAUACCUCUUCAGUGCCUUAUAUGAUCUAUACU